GAGUGUGUUUCACUGCUGAAUGAUGGGAGAGAGAGCAAACUGAUUGGACUGGUGCAGCAAAACAACGAACAUGCGCUAUUCAUAUAUUCCCAUCGAAGAAUGGCCAUCACUGGUGAUGAUGUCACACUGGAUGAAAUCAUACCCAUUUCUUAUGACUUUUCAGUUGUUGAAGUUUCAUCUCCAGAUGAGCUUGCUGUUGUUGGUGCAGAUACUCGGGUACGAGUAACGUUUUUCGAAGAGGAGUUGGAGCUGAAGUUACCUUUUGGUUCUCAUACCCGUCUCUUCCUCGGUGAAGUCAAUCGGGCAUGGAGUGAUGUCUGUGAGCAGUAUCCGAAGGAUGAACCAAAAUUCGACUGGCUUACCAAGUACCGUAAGAUGUCAAAAGGAGCUCGAUCACUAAGAAAGUCAAUUGGAGCAACAACUGGCAAGAUGAGUCGAAUUAAGAAAUCAGAAAGAGCAGACGCAGCCAACAACAGCGGACAGAUGAAAGAGGAUGAACGGACCAGAGGAGAUGGCGUGCAUGAAAGUCAGGAGAGAGUGAAGAGUGAGGUGAGAGAUGACCUGAUCCGAAACUCCCAGCCCAUCCUGUCAAAUAAAUCCCAGAUGCUCGGCAUGCCCCAGUACGGCCUGCGGGAUAACCUCAUCAAAUGUGAGCUCCUCAAGAACGAGGAUGCCUACACCUACAUCAAGAACUACAGCUUUUUCUUGGGCACCUACAAUGUGAAUGGCAAGAAUCCAAAGGAAAGUCUCAGUCCAUGGCUGGCAUCCACCACCACUCCUCCAGACUUUUACCUUGUGGCUUUCCAAGAGCUGGAUCUCAGUAAAGAGGCGUUUCUCUUCAAUGACACUCCUAAAGAACCCGAGUGGAUGUUAGCUGUCUACAAGGGCCUCCAUCCAGAUGCCAAGUAUGCUUUUGUGAAGCUGGUGCGGUUGGUGGGCAUCAUGCUGUUGUUCUAUGUGAAGGCGGAGCAUGCGGCACACAUCUCUGAGGUGGAGGUUGAGAGCGUCGGCACAGGUGUCAUGGGACGGAUGGUGAGUGACGUCUAUGCAAGGAUACGCGAAAGAAGAAUCAAUUCUGUGUACGCACAUUGUCUGAAACGCGGCUCUCUGUGA